GCCCGUACAUCGAUGCAGGCAUGGGGUGUGCGUCUGGAGGGGCAAGGCGUGUGACGCCACUGCCAGGCAGGCAGCAGGUACCCCGCCGCCGCGUCGCGUACAAGAAAGAGCUCCGGGCGCACGCUGCACUCUCGUAGCCACCCCGCCACCCCGACCUUCGCCCAACUCACCCACAAGCCAUGGCGUUAGAACCGCUUUCCCGCCAAGGGAAGAAGAGCUUCAUCCCUCUGGAGAACAACCCCGAGGUGAUGAGCGCACUCGUGCACAAGCUAGGUCUCAGCAAGAAGCUCGACUUCCACGAUGUUUUCAGUAUCGACGAGCCCGAGUUGCUCUCCUUUGUGCCCCGCCCCGCCCAUGCUCUACUCCUGAUCUUUCCGGUGAAUGAGACAUACGAAAAGUUCCGCAUCGAAGAAGACAAGGACCGCCCAGAGUAUGAGGGCAGCGGUCCUGAGGAGGAGGUCGUCUGGUACAAGCAGACGAUUAGCAACGCUUGCGGCUUGAUGGGCCUGCUGCAUGGAGUCUCCAAUGGCACGGCACGAGAACAUAUUGAUCCUGACUCGAACCUGGCCCAGCUGCUGCGGGAAGCCAUUCCCCUCAAGCCCAAAGAGCGAGCCGACCUCCUCUACGAAUCCGAUGCGCUGGAAGCUGCACACCAAGAGGCCGGAGCCAGGGGCGACACAGCCGCGCCAGCCGCCGAAGCUGAUGUCGACCUGCACUACGUGUGCUUCGUCAAGUCAAAGAACAACAACCUCUGGGAGAUGGAUGGCCGCCGCAAAGGCCCCCUAAACCGUGGCCAGCUUGCUGCCGACGAGGAUGUGCUUAGCGACAAGGCUCUGGACCUCGGCGUACGGAGCUUCCUCAAACGCGAGGCCGCAGCUGGCGGGGGCGACCUGCGCUUCUCGUUGAUUGUCCUCGCUGAAUCGUUUGAUUGAAAGCAUAGGAGAGCGCUUGCAUGGGUCCGAAGGUGGGAGACAUUGUCGAAUCCGGCAAGUCUUAAAGACUCCCGCGCGGCAAUGUUUAUCAGCUGUUCUACGGCAGAUGGAAUGAAUACCGAAGUACAUUCGGAACUGACGUCAUGUCUCUGAAAGUUUCAUUGCACGUGGGGCAGAAGCGUCAGCAAAUCGAUGCAGAGAAAAUACCAACAAAUGGCCCCUGAUAGACCACCAGUCGCGUUCGCAGAACAUGUGAAUAACACCCCGAAAGCUAGCACUGGGCAGAUACUUGCAUACGAUGUAAUUCAAUUUGCGACAA